UGCGACGGCGGGAAGCGACCGGAGCGGGCGAAGAGGUCUCCGCAGCUCGGGUUUGUGCUGUGUAUGUGAGAGGAUCAGCCCCGUGGGUCCUGGUGAGCGUCUCCAUCCAAAGACCGCGGACAUGAUCCGGAGCCGGAACCGACCUUGCGGCGUGGAGGAGAUUAAAGCCAAGAGGCGGCUGCAUGAGUCGGCUCUGAGGAAAGCAUGCAAGGAAAAGCAGCUGGUCAGCAAAAGAUUGCCGAGGGGUCUGCAGGAUGCUGGAGAGAACAUGGAGAUCAGAGAGACUUCAGUUACUCAGGAGGAGGUUUUGCAGCUGUACCAGAGGAUUCAGCAUGGAUCAGAUGAUCGUCUGGCUGCUUUACACUCUCUACGUCGAGUGCUCCAGUUGAAGGAGGCACAGCAGAUUUUUGUCAGGUUCGAGAACAGUAUCCGUGUCCUUAAUGGCCUCUUCACCAGCAACCAGGCAUCAGUUCAACUUGAGGCUGCACAGUGUUUGCUCGAACUCUCCCACUCUGAUGAUCCCAGCGUCUCGCUUGUUUGCUUACCAGCAACACCCUACCUCCUGACGUAUCUUUCAGGCCAGAGCGCCAAGUUCACGGAGCUGUGCCUGUACAUACUGGGGAACCUAGCAGCUGAGAAUGAAACAGUUCGGAGUCAGCUUCUGGUGCAAGGAGUGAUCCAAGCUUUGUCAGUCAGUCUGCAGUCACCUCAUGGAGCUGUGGUGGAGGCUACGGCUUAUUCGCUGUCUCAAAUGCUGCAGGCGAAGGAAGCAGGAGAGAAGAUUAUCCCUGCGGUUCUGGAAGCCAAUCUGACUGCAUGCUUGAUUCAUUUGUUGGAUCUGGAUUCUGAAUUUGGGAUGCAGAUCGCUGUGGAAUGUGCCUGGUGCCUGCAUUACAUCGUGAGUAGUGGUUUAAGCUGUGAAUGCAUGAUCUCCCAGGGCCUCAUAAGCCAGGCUGUAAAACUGCUGAUUGCACUGGGCAGAACUGUUGAUUCAGGCACAACAGAUGGUGUGGAAUUGCUGAUUUACCCUGUGGCUCGGUGCUUGGGAAAUCUAAUCGCCAGUGAUGAAGGAGUGCGGUGCAAAGUCCAGUUCCAUGACGAUGACUUGCUGUGGGCCCUGAGUGUGUUCCUGCGCAGCUUUCUGCAAUCACGGCCUUUUGUGACCCGCGAGUGCCUCUGGCUUCUCAACAACCUCACAGCUGGUGAAAGACAAUCCUGCUCCGCUAUCUUCUGUCAUAACCUGGUGCCAGUGUUCCUUCAGCUAAUCCCUUUUGCUGCUGGGAUAAAUACACUAGUUUUGAUGCUGUUGGGUAAUAUUGCAGAGCUGGGGCUUGAGUACUGCGAGAAUCUGCAACAGCAAACAGGCUUAUUUCCUGCUCUCUGUACCACCCUCAGCACGGCUGACCCAGAGGUAGCACGUCUGACACUAGAGGUGCUGAAUCUGAUAUUUUUACAUUGUCGGCAGGCCUGUGCAAGAUUUGCAAACCAAAAUGGAAUCUUGGCUCUUGAGAUGGCUCAGUAUCACUGUAACCAAGAGAUCAGAAUCCGAGCCAACUUUCUCAUUGACACCUACUUCACAGGCAAGCUGAUCCAGGAAGAGUUGUAGACCAUUGUGAGACAACGUGAGGAACUUUCAGCAAAACUUCUAUAUCUAUCUGUAAAAAGGAAAGCUGCAAUGUUGAGCAAGUGCUGGUGGGACAGUAGGAAUGGGUUGGGCCAAGGCUGACAGAUGGAGAUGAAAGACUUGUCACUCCGACAGCUGCUUAAGCCUAUCAUCCCAUCUGUUUGGGGCUGCAUUUUACUGCUGGACUCACUCCUGGUAUCAUUCUAUUGAAAUGAUUUUGGGCAUUCUCCACUCAGUUCCUUCAGCUAAGAUUGACAGUGAACGAAUCCUACUCCGUGUCAACAAUGGGCCAACCAACCAGCACCACCUUCUCCUAAUGUAUAAACUGGAGCUCCCUUUCCAAGUUCGGAGUCCUGAUGAGCAUGGGAGGAAAGUUUGAUUUCUUGUCCAGUUUAGCAAUGUUUUAUGUAGUUGUUACUGCAGAGACAGAAAAGGACCUGCAUGUACAGUUUUCAUACCUCACCUUCAAAUUGAAGAGGUAAAAUACUUUGAUAAUAAAAUGUGAGGCUGGAUGAACACAG